AACAUGUCACUAAAUCCUGAGAAGGUGACUGUGCCUCGACCUGAGCUCUUUGAUUUUCACGGUGUCUGGAUGGCUCCUAAUUUUACGGACAACUGGGAAAAUGUUCAAAAAUUUGAGGCCAGACCAGAUGAUAUUCUCAUUGCAACGUACCCCAAAGCAGGGACCACGUGGGUCUCAUACAUCUUGGACUUGCUGUAUUUUGGUCAGACGAGUCCAGAGCGGCAGACGUCCAUCCCCAUCUACGAGAGAGUGCCCUUUAUGGAACUUUUCAUCCCGGGAAAGGUUUCAGGAAAAGAUCUUGCGGACAAUCUCCCCACCACCCCUCGACUCAUCAAAACACAUUUUCCUGUCCAGUUUGUGCCAAAAACCUUUUGGGAACAAAACUGUCGGAUCAUCUAUGUGGCCCGCAACGGCAAAGACAACAUGGUUUCCUACUUCCACUUUGAUACCAUGAACAGUACCCAACCAGAGGCUGGAACCUGGAACAACUACUUCCAGAGAUUCAUUCAGGGAAAGAUGAUGUACGGCUCCUGGUACGACCAUGUGAGGAGUUGGUGGAAGAAGAAAGAGACCUAUCCAAACCUUCAUUAUAUGUUCUACGAAGAUUUGAUUGAGGACACUCAACAAGAAAUAGACAAACUCUGCUCAUUUCUUGGCUUGUCUCCUUCAGCUGAGAUCACAGAAAUGGUUGUGAGUGGAGUGCAGUUUGAUAAAAUGAAAAAUAAUCAGAUGGCAAAUUAUUCCAAUGUCCCAUUCAUGGAUUUCAACAUCUCCCACUUCAUGAGGAAAGGAAAAGUUGGUGACUGGAAGAAUCACUUCACUGUAGCUCAAAAUGAAGAAUUUGAUGAUGACUACAAGAAAAAGAUGAAGGAUUCCACUCUGCAGUUCCGCAAUGAAAUUUAA